AUGACUCAGGUCGUCGCCGGCUCAGAAAUUGGUCGCACUUUUGCCCUGUUUGGCAUCGGCGCCGAUGCGGCGUUUAUUUUGACGGCAGCACUUUACACAAAUGUGUAUCGCUGGACGGUUUCCUGGUUGCCCGGCUUCACCUUCCUCCUCAUCGCUGCUUUGCAGAGUUUAGCGUUCAUGGCCAUGUUGUGGGUCCACCUCAAGGCAAAAGCAGAGGGUGUUGGUGCUCAGGAGCAGGGGAUGAGCAUACAACAGACAAUCGCGAGGAUCGGGUCAACCGAUGAAGAGGAUGCGCCAAAGCGUGCAAAGAUAUCAAAGACCAGCACGAGCGGGAUCGCAUUUCCGUUUGCAAAGAAGAAGGUUAAUAAACAGGUCUCCAUCCUGGAACACGCCGAGCAACUAGCCCGGGAGCGUGAACUCCGGAAUCAUCUACAA